AUGUGCCCGGCAGCACGCAGCAAAUCAGAGGUUUUAUCUUACGCCUCCUGGGACAGGGAAAAAAGUGGAACGUGGCCGAGGGAGCUUCCACGGCAGAAAAGCGACACAAUUCGCUGGGGACGCCGCCGAGCCAAGCCAGGCGGGGGAGGCGCGGCGGGGGCGCCGAGGGCUCUCGGGCUCGCGGCCGGGGCGCCGCAGCGAGGAGGGGAGGCGGUUUUAAGUCGUGGGGGCUGGGAGGGCGGCGGAAAAAAAGGAAAGUUGGAGGGAGGCGGAGAGGAGGGCAGCCAUCCCCAUUUCCUCCCUGCGACGCCGCGGAAGGGCUGGGGCCGCGUGGGGCAGAGAGAGGGCGCGGGACGCGGCGGGCCAAUCGCAGUCAACAGGUCCAGGCCUCGGCGGGGCAGCGGGGCCGGACAGCCGGGAGGCCGGCGCCCCCUCCCCUCGGCUCCCCGUCCCUCCCCUCUCUCGCUAGCCUGGCGCAGCAGGGGAGGCUGGGCCCGGCCCUCCCCGCCCCGCCCGGGCCUCGCAGCGGCCGCCUCCGCCGGGGCUGUGGAGGUGGGGGCGGGGCGGGGGUUCCCCGCCGGAGAAUCCUCCCCCGGGGUUGGCGGCGGGGGCGGGGGGCAGGGGGCGGGGGCGGGCAGCCCGAGCCGGGAAUGGAGGAUUAGGAAGGACUCGAGCUCGGCACGAGCGCGGCCCGCGCGAGGGAUGCUGGGUAAAAAGUGGCCGCGCGGCACCGGGAGAACACGACGAGGAGCCGGGGUCAGAGGUUCCCAGUAGCUGGAGCAGUGAAAGACAGUGAUUGGCUCCAGUGCUCCUAGAAGGAUUUGGGCUGAAGCCAGGGGAACAGAACCAGAAGAGGAUUCCCUUUCCAGAGACCAUCAGGCUCCUCAUGUCUUGUCUCUCCUCUCUCCCCUCGUGGGUGCUCAGGAUUUCAGUGUGGCUGAGCAGCCCAUAAGUAGGCCUCAACACUUGGUGUCACCACUUCAGUCUCUACAUGUUUGGCCCUUUCGUAAAAUAAACAAAAACUUGGG